AUGAACAUAUUCUUCAAUAAGAAACAAAAGACUCCCUAUGAGUUGGUCAAGACCGUCAAGGAUUGUCUUGUAUCCAUUGACAAAGCUGGUCCAAACUCAAAAUCAUCAGAGAAGUCUGUUGAGGAACUGACAAGAUCAUUGCAAGAUAUAAAGAAGAUAUUGUAUGGUGAUGGAGAACAUGAACCAAGUGCAGAGGCAACAGCAGUGAUGUGUACAGAGAUACUAUCCAAUGAUCUACUACCAAUGAUGAUCAAAGAUCUUGGGAAGCUAGAGUUCGAAUCCAAGAAAGACUUUGCACAGAUAUUUAACAACCUACUACGUAUGAAGAACAAUCCACGUGGACCCGCUGUUAGCUACAUCGCUGAGAAUCCAGACAUCCUAAACUUACUCGUCAAAGGAUAUGAACAACAUGAUAUUGCAUUGAACUGUGGAACAAUGCUUAGAGAGUGCAUCAAACAUGAGGUGUUGGCAAAGGAUCUGUUGUACUCACAGAACUUUUGGGAGUUCUUCAACUAUGUUGAUAUGUCCAACUUUGAUGUGGCAUCGGACACAUUCGCCACGUUCAAGGAUCUGCUAACAAAGCACAAGACACUCAGUUCAGAGUUCCUCGAGAAGAACUACGAUCAAGUAUUAGAACGCUACACUGUCCUCUUGAACUCACAAAACUAUGUAACAGUACGACAAUCGAUAAAGCUACUUGGAGAACUACUACUGGACCGCUCCAACUUUAAUAUAAUGACAAAGUAUAUUAGCUCUGCAGCCAACUUGAAGUUGAUGAUGAAUCUGUUAAGGGACAAACGAAGAACGAUCCAGUAUGAGGCAUUCCAUGUGUUCAAAGUGUUUGUUGCCAAUCCAAACAAGACCAAACCAAUCCUCGACAUCCUAUCCAAGAACAAAGAGAAGCUCAUCGUCUUCCUAUCACAAUUCCACACUGACAAAGAGGAGGACCAGUUCAAUGAUGAGAAGGCAUUCCUUUUGAAACAGAUCCAAGCCAUACCUGCAUUGGAGUAG